UGAAUAUUCAAUAGAAAUAGUGACGAUUAGUUUCAGAGUGAAGCAUGGCUGGUCUGUCCUCUAGUCGUUCCAAUUGUAGCAGCAGGUCCAGUUUCAUCUACCCCAAUGUCAACUCGGGCUCUCAAUCCCCCAACCGGCUGAGCUUCGAGGCAGAUCACCCCCAAGCAUCAGCAUCCACCUACUCACUCGGGGGCACUGAUGAGGACACAGAACGCGACGGAGAUGACAGCUCAAGUAGCGAAGAUAACACUCAGGUCUCUUCGGGGGACGAGAGGUACCUGGAAACGAGGCUGUCCGACAUGGAGUUCCAGUCCACAUUCCGCUCUGGCAUGAGUGGCUCGAGGAGGAGUAACAGCCACGACACACACCGACAGCAGUUGGUUCCAAUCAUGACACAUGCUCAGAUCAGACAGGCCAUUCUAGGAAAUGGGACUGCAACAGCAGAGGAAAGAGGAGGGAAUACUGAAGAAGAACAUACUGCAUCACCUCGCAAUUCAGUCUCAUCGCAAGACCCAAAUCAGCCCUCUGGAACAGAAGUAGUGGCCGAUGAUGAACUAACCGAAGAUCAGAUCCGACUCAGACGCGAGUUCGAAAAAAUGAGACGACUCGACAAGAUCCUUCGAAAGAAGCAACGACUCGCAGAUCGUGUGAAGCGUGAUCGAAUCUCGUUUCAGCGUCACGUAGUUUCGGAGGUCGAACUAAUCGAAUCGGGAAAUGUGCUGUCGUCGGACCGAACGCCCUCGAGGGAAGAAACAGUGAAUACGAGCAAGUAUAUGGCACUUGUUAAAAACGACAUUCAGUUGAAGCCUACGCGAUUCAAAAUGUUAAAACAAGAUGGAUCGGAGGCUGAGGGGUUCGAACCGGUGUUUGCUACUCAGCCUGAUUUGGACGACGACAAAGUGCCAGGAUUUUCAGGGUCAGAAAACAAAAGAGGAAAGAAAAGUCAAGCGUCGUCAAAAUCCACUAAAUCUCCUAAAGGCGCACAGUCUCCAAGCAUGCGAUCUGAUUCACAGAGAUCUGGAUCUUCAAUUGGAGAAGCGUCAAGUACAGCUUCUACUAAAAACUCGGCCACUUCGAAAGGGUCCUCGAAAAACAGCAAGCAUAACAAGAAAUUCAUUGAGCGCAAUAAAGAGCUAGCUAGUGAUGCUGCGAAUGUUAUACCAAUGACGAACGAAGAACGUAGUCGGUUAGACGGAUUGCUGAAAGAUAUAGAUACUAUUGAUGAGGAGCUGCAUGAUUUGGAUGAAAUGAGUCCCCUGUCUCCGAUUCCGGGAAGUGUAGGCCAAUUAGCUCCGCGUGGGAGUGUGCGUCGGUAUUCCGCAAUGAGCGAAACUGAUUCGAAACUGUUGAACGAAAUUGACGAUAAGCUGAGUGGAUACUUGACAUUCGAACAGUUCAAAGAGAUAUGUUGGAACUCGGGAGUGAGUGGGACAGCCCACUCUGCAUCCAUAACUGGCUCGGCUAUCGACGACGCCAGCGAGACAAAUGAGGGGUCCAAUUUGACCACAGGUGAUGAAAAAAUACGAGAAACGAGAGAAGAUCGAAUAGCGCAAAUACGAGUGGCUCAUAUUGACGAAAAGUUGAGACGAAUGCAGCUGGAGAAAUUACAAGGCCCCGACGCUAUAGAUUACCACAGCGAAAACUCACAAAGUGUUGUUUCGCAAAGCCAGUUGAGAAGACUGUUGAAUGAACUGACUCAGCAGCACUCGAGCGAGUUGGAGCAAGGCUUAAUUUAUCCGAAGCCAAACGAAGAUCAAAUCAAGUCUUUGUUGAGCGUCUCUCGACCAUCCACGGCUUUGGAGGAGUGGACUUACAUAGGAUGCAGUACAAGCAGAACACUCGCAGUAGAGGUUGAAGAAAUCACAAAAUAUUUGGACAAAAUUGACGCUUUUGUUGAAGCUAUUGAGUACAGCCCAGAAGACGAUCCGCUCUCUGGUCUUAAUAUUGAGUCUAUUGAGGGCUCUAAUGCUACUGAAGCUACUAGGUACCAUAGAGAUGAUGAAUCAAUUUCAGUGCAAUUAGCCGGAAGAGAUAAAAGUGGUAGUCGUUCUGCAGAAAAAUUGUCUCAAGAUCUGCAAAUGUUGGAUCUGAGGACAGACAUGCUAAUGCGACGUCUGGCAAAUCUUCCAGAAUUGAAGGAGCCGCCGGAUACCCAAUGGUCGGUAACUGCUGGUCCUGGGAGUGACUUGGUAGGGAGGAGUGUGACUUUCGAAGAGAUUGAACAAAACGAGAGGUUGUACGAGUUAGACAGAGAUAUGGAACAUCUGAGAAGUAAACUGGAAGCUCUGGAGAAACUACGAGAGCAAACUCUGUCCCACGUGUCACCUUCGCAAGAAACUUCAACUGAAAAUUAAUCUAACUGAAAACUAGUUCAAGUUGACAUUAGCGGGACAUGCAGUUCUGAAGAUAACUAAAUGUCAUAAACUAGAUUAAACCAGAUAUUUUGUUAAACAAAAUCGGUUAAAUGUCAUUGAGUGAUCUUUUUGUCUAAUCAAUAAUUUUUCUAUUUGAAAAUCAUGUUUUGGGUAUAAUAUGUCUAUCUAUAAAUCAAUUGAAUUAAAUGAGAACUAAAAUGAACAUACAUGACAUACUGACUUCAUAAUUUAGCCUAUGUAAAUUAAUAAUUGAAGUUCUCCUGCUUUACAGGAUGCUCAUUGGUUGUACAGAUGACAUUGUAAGUAGUUUCUAUAAAUAGUUGUACAUAUCAAUUGCGAAUAUCAAUUAAUAUUAAUAAUAGCUUUUUGGCAAGUAAUUUGAUGAC